UCAAGCUGUGAGCGAGGAUAAACGUAACCAACUCUCACGACUGCUGGGCUGUGGUCGGAGUCUGAGACCGGUUAUCUGUUCAUCAGAGCUCUCACGGAGCUCCGGGUCGGAAAGUGAAUGAGGUUGAUGCUGCUCUGUUGUACCUGGAAGGACGAACGCAUGGGAGAGGAGGAAGCUGGCGGAAGCUUGCCCGUGUGCGCAGGAUGCAGACUGAGGAUCUAUGACAAGCAGUACCUCCAGGCCCUCAACACUGACUGGCACACAGUCUGCUUCAAAUGUUGUGAGUGCAGUGCUUCCCUAUCCCACUGGUACUAUGAGAAGGAGGGCCGGCUCUUCUGUAAGAAAGACUACUGGGCCAAGUUCGGUGAGCUGUGCCACGGCUGCAAUGACCCCAUCACCACUGGCCUGAUCAUGGUCGCAGGGGAACAGAAGUAUCACCCAGAAUGCUUCACCUGUCUCAACUGCAGAGCCUUUAUCGGGGACGGAGACACGUACGCCCUGGUGGAGAGGUCCAAACUCUACUGCGGUCACUGUUACUACCACACCAUCGUGACCCCGGUGUCGCUGCCAGACUCCCCGUGCUCCAGGAUCCCUCAUACCGUGACCCUCGUGUCCAUCCCGGCCUCCACUGACGGGAAGCGGGGCAUCUCGGUGGCCAUCGACCAGCCGGUCAGCCCCAACGGCUACAGCCCCGAAAACUGCCCCACCGUCAGAGUGUCCCAGGUGGACCCUGAGUGUAUAAGCCCUGAUGUGAAGAACACCAUCCAUGUUGGAGACAGGAUCCUUGAGAUUAACGGCACGCCCAUCCACAAUGUUCCUCUGGAUGAGAUCGACCUCCUUAUUCAGGAGACCAGCCGGCUGCUGCAGCUGACCAUCGAGCACGACCCCCAUGAUCAGGGGCAGGAGCAGGUGGACGGGCCCCUCCGCACGCCCCUGUCCGAGGGGCCAAGCCCCAUCCUGCCCAUCACGCAGCCCCCCAACCCAGACAUCAGCAACCUGCGCUCACGAAUGAUCACGAGGAGUUACAGCAUUGAUAAGUCUCCUUGCUCCAGCAAUGCGGUAUCCCCUCUCUCACAGAGGAAAGACAUAAAUCGCUCAGAGUCUCUCCGUGUCGUAUCCAAUCGGAUGCACCGGAUUUUCCGACCUUCUGACCUCAUCCACGGAGAGGUGCUGGGAAAAGGCUGCUUCGGACAGGCCAUCAAGGUGACACACCGAGAGACAGGCGAGGUGAUGGUGAUGAAGGAGUUGAUUCGCUUUGAUGAUGAAACACAGCUGACAUUCCUCAAGGAGGUUAAGGUCAUGCGCUGUCUGGAACACCCCAAUGUACUCAAGUUCAUUGGGGUCCUCUACAAAGACAAGAGGCUCAACUUCAUAGCUGAGUACAUUAAAGGAGGCACUUUGAGGGAAAUCAUCAAGAAAAUGGACAGUAAUUAUCCAUGGAACCAGAGAGUGAGCUUUGCCAAGGACAUUGCUGCGGGCAUGGCAUAUCUGCAUUCCAUGAACAUAAUCCACCGAGACCUGAACUCACACAACUGUUUGGUCCGAGAGAACAACAGCGUGGUGGUGGCAGACUUCGGCCUGGCCCGACUCAUGGUGGAGGACAAGAACCAAGACAAGUUGUUGUCAGGGAAACUCCAGGGCCUCAAGAAACCUGACCGCAGGAAGAGAUAUACCGUGGUGGGGAACCCCUACUGGAUGGCCCCUGAGAUGAUCCAUGGAAAGAGCUACGACGAAAAGGUGGACAUCUUCUCUUUCGGCAUCAUGCUGUGUGAGAUCAUCGGCCGGGUGAAUGCAGACCCUGACUACCUACCCAGGGCUGGGGACUUUGGGCUGAACGUGUCAGGCUUUCUGGAGCACUUCUGUCCCGCUAACUGUCCACCGGCCUUCUUCCCCAUGGCUGCGCUGUGCUGUGACCUUGACGCUGAGAAACGCCCCGCAUUCACCAAGCUAGAGGAGUGGCUGGAGAACCUGAAGAUGCACCUGGAGAUGCGCCUCCCCAUCGUGUCUGAACUGGACAAGAUGCACAAGGCAUUCUGGGAAAACCACACCAAGGUGGCAGUGCGGGCAGAGAACGGCCUGCACCCUCACCCUGAGCAGCCUGAGUAGCACCGGGGAGCCAGAGCAGACGAGCUGCUGCUAACCCUUCAAGGGUGGGCUAAAGGAGAGGUGCCAUGUUGUGGCAGGCAUUAGGGAGUGUAGUGCCUACCUUGGGCAAUAGAGUGUAUACAUUGAAAUGCCCAAAAGGGGGUGUCAGGAUCUGUCAGUACCUCUGCAUGCCAGGUUGGCCAGAGUGGGCAUGAGCUGGCAUGGGCUGGUAUAGACUGGCAAGGUCUAUAGACUCAGGGGUGAACGGAGGUGUUAAAAACACAAGUGUGAAUUGCACUCAUUCAACUUAAACCAAGAAAUACAUUUCACUACCAUAGCUUGAGUAUGCUGUAAAACAUUGCUGCAAUCAGUCUCAGCUUUGAAAUCCCAAAUCAAGUCAUCAAAUCUGGAAUCAAAAGCCAGAGAUUUUUCGCAAUUGUUAAGCUUACAAAUAUGAUGUCCAAGCAGAUUCAGUGGCCUCAGCAAAGCAAUGCCUUUGUCUCGGCGUCCCUGCAGAGUAUUUGUGCGUUGUGUGUUUGCAAGUGUUCCUCUGUGUGACUGAUUCGGUUUGGUUUUGGUUUGUUGUUUUGAAACCGCUUUUGAAAUGCUAAGGAAAAGGACCCUUUUUACGUGACGCAGAACACAUAACUUGAGACUUCACGCACAGUCCAAAUGUAAUAUAUAAUGGAGCAAAGUUUUUUAGGUUUUCAAACUUAUUUUUCUUUUCUCCUUUAAAACUGCAUGACCGUAGAUAGUUUUGCUGAAUCUUGUAACUGGUCUCCCUCUCAACUCUUACUGGUCACACCAAAAACGGAGUCCGUAUUUCUGUGGUUCUUCUGCCUUCUGUGUGCUGUGUCGCUCUCUCUCACCAUGUGUAGCACUGAUUUGACUUUGAGGUACACGUUUUUCAUAACUUUGGUACAUUUUCCCAAUUCAUGUGAGCCUGUUCCUCUCAUUUAUCACACUUGAGUUGGGGUGAAAUCUCAUGUACUCAAGCUCAUACCUAUGUAUAUACUAGCUGGUGAUAUUGUAAAUGUUUUAAAUAUUGUAAAUGUACAGACAUAUUUUGUAUACGUAUGCUACACAUUGCUAUAUUUUUAUUGGGCUAAUGUUGAAAUAAAGGACAGAUAAUGAAAAAGGAAAAGAAAAAAAUAAUAGCCAGGCAGUAGCUGAUUAUGCUGGGGACAUGUAUGUACCACAAAACGUGCAUGUUAAAGUCAUGCUGGCGCUCUUGUUAGCAUUCUGGUGUGUGUUCAAUUCAAUCUCGAAAAUCAAGCUUUUGUAUGGUUUUAAGAGUGUCAUCUAAACGUAUAGUUCCCCCUCUGCGGCUUAAAGCCUUAACAUCAAUUAGCUUAACACAGAAUCAAGUAGCUAGAUGAAAAUUGGCAGGUAUUUUUCAGAGCAUCAAAUGCAAGUGUUAGAGUCCCAGGCUCAAAUAAUUCUCUCUUGAGUUUUGAGGACUUUCUAUUCUCAUAGGGCAUUAACUAGCCUGGAUCCUAGAUUUUCAUAGUCCCAUUCUGAUCAGGCAGUGUAGAUAAGUGCCCAGUUAAUGUGUCUGGUGUAUGACAAUGUAUUUCUCUUGCCAUGUGGAGCUCCCUUUUGGAAUAUCCACUGUUUACACUCAAAAAACUGUUAGCUGUAAAUAUGUCUGUUUCAGUCUGUCGUUGUGCAUAACAUUCUGUGCUCUAUGGCCCUGAAGAAAAAUAGUUGUCUUAUAAUGUCUAAUCAGUCUUUAACUCAUUCUAUCUUUAUAUCCCUUCCGCGUUCUGCUUACAGUAUCAAACUCAUUUACUUUAUAUGUCUGUCUAUCACCUAUUGCUCCUUUUCCACUGUAAUAUGAGCUGCAUGGUGUACUGGCUAGGUGUGUAACCACUGCUACCAACCCAACCUAUUGUUUUAGGUUAUAAAACAAAAGUUAUUGCUAAAUACUGUAUAAAAAACAGGCAAAAAAAUACAAAAAAAUAACAUAAAGUGUACAGAGAGCAAGGGGCUGAAAGAGAAAGAAAAACACAGCGUCUCUUGAUAUGAAACCACUUAAAUCUUUCAGUAUAGAUUUAAGUAGGCUACUUUGAUAUGCACUAUAUUACAAAAUGGCUAUAUCUGCAGCCAUUGUUUUUAUUUUUCUCUUUUGGGUUAGGCCUACUUGUGAUUGGUUUUGGUUCAAGUUGAUAUGCAAGUCACUGAUAGAGCCUUUGCAUUUUAGGGUCCUGGGAAAUGUAUUAUCUACAUGGCAAACUGGAGAGUUAGGCAGCCAUUUUAGGAUUUAAAUGUUGAAAGAGAAGAAAGAAAGUCUCUUAUCUUCCUUAGCCUACAUGUGCGCUUCCAUAUUGGUGGCAUGUGAAUCACUGUAUCAGAUUUAGGAGCACAUGUUAUGGACUGCAGCUACAACUGCAGGCCAAUGGAAAUUAGAUUUUAGAGAAGAGGGUGAAAUCCAUGGCUUGUCGUUGCCUGAAUUUGUAAACAGCAGGUUAUAUUUUAACAUCAAGCAUCUUCAUGGAUUGAAGCUCGCUAUUCCAAAAGUGCUCCAGUAUCCUACUGUAUUGCCAAUCUGGAAACCACCCCUAACUGCUUCCAGUUUGCCACAGUAGGCUACAGAGAGUUCAACGUCCAAGCCUGGUGUGCCUGCUACCUACAGUCAGGUCAUUAGCAAAUGAUGUUUGCGUGUCCUUUUCAUUGCUUCACUUCACCGUUCGAUGUCAGGAAAGGGUUUCGGCCACUGUUAGACCACUGUCAUCUUACUCAACAUUGACUUCAUGGUAGACCGGAUACUUUUGGCUCAGGGUUUAAUAAAUAGGAGGGUCUUUACACUUUAUUCUAUGCCGCGAAAAUAUUCAACAACAGUAUGAUAAGCAGAAUGUCUCCAAUGAGCAUGCAUUCUUUUGGAUAAAAAAAAUCCCUUUUACACAUAAUGUGGUUGUCAGCGGGGCAUGUAUAUCACUUAGCCAUGAGUCCAUCUCUUGUCCAGGCCAUGCCAAGCAUGUUACGUGUUUGUACGGAUGCGUAGAUGAUGAGAAUGUCAGCACUUCUUUGCAAAGGAUCGUACCUCUGAACAAUGCUGUGCCUUUGUUUCAAAGCUAGCCUUGCCAACGACUCUAAAAGGUAUUUGUUUUGAACUGAUUUUGUAUCACUAGCUCAAACCCGAAGAAAGGAUUUAAUAUCGUUGCUGAUAUGUUUUAUGAAAUUUUCCUCUUGUUCUAUUUAUAUUUCCUGACCUCCAUUGUCAUUUUUCAUAAUUUAGGAUUAUGAUUCUUUUUUUAUUUUAUUUUAUUUUUUACACAAGCUGUGAAAACAAUUCUGCACUUUAAUCUUGAACGUGAACAUUGAGAAUCCAAGGAGACGACUGUAUUUCAUUGCAGCUGGAAUAAAACUGUUGCUCCUUAAAUCAA